AUGAUUACAAAUCAGAUUAAUAAUGUGAAUUCUUUGAAUGUAACUGCAGAUAUUUUACCUUCAAAUUCUCCUGCAAUAUGCAACACUAGACAAACUCUGCCUACUAUUGUUCCAAGCACUUACUAUAUAGACUAUGAAGUAUAAUUUGGUUCAUCAAUUGACAUUAUUCUUAAUCCCUACUUCUUGAUAUCCACAUGCAGUAUAUAUACCAUAACUGAUUAUACGAUUUACUCGUAUGUGAUAAAUUCAAGUUCAGUGAGAGUAAUUUAUUAAAAUUAUGGAACAUAUUAAGGCAGAAAGAUCAGAGUUUAUGUUGAUGAUGAAACUUAUCCCACUUAUAAUUAUAGAAUAUUUUGGAGGAUAACGCUUUCUGAUGGAAGUUACGUUGAAACUGACACGAUUACAAUAAGAUUCAAACAGUCAUCGAUUUCAGAAGCAAUAUAAGAAGAAUUAAAGCUUAUCUAAAUCAAUGAGACUCAAACUGCCCCUUAUUUGAAAGGUUAAAUCCAAGAUGGAGUAACACAGAAUUAUGAUCUGUUAACUUGGAAUGAUAAUCAAAUUUCAAUUCCAGGUAAUGAAAGUGUUACAGCUAAUGGUGCAGUUGUCUUGGAUCAAAAUUCAAAUUAAACCUCCAAUUAAGUAGGACCUAAUAUUGUAAAGCUUUAACUUAGAUUAGUGAGGAUAAAUCAAUAAGGAGAGCUCAAAUGCUCUUUUAACAAUCCAGUUUACUAACAAAUGCUGAUAGAUAAUAAAUUAAUUUAAGAAUCUCUAGAAAUAAGAUAUUACCGAAAAGAUGUCAUGAAUAAUGCAUUAAUUAAAGACGAAAAGUUUUAUAUUUCGAAAUAUACAAACUAAAGUAUCAAAAGAAAUUAUAUCACUAACAGAGUAUACAUUCCACAGUAAGUUUCACCUGGUGAAGCCGCUAUACUUAAUUAGGCUUCAAAUGUUGUCACUUAGACAUUGAAUAUUAACAUAUUUUCGAAUAUAGCCUUGAACUUAUUUACGACUACAAUGUUUAAGUUGAUCUUUGAUACAAUAAAUUUCGACUUAAUUGAUGUUGAAGAACUCAAUUAAAACUUAUUUUUGCUUAAAAAUCUUAAUGAUUUUGAGAGAGAAUAAUUCUCUGAAAAUUUUGAUUUAAUGGGAUUAGAAUCAUUUGAUUUUAUUGAAAAUAUCUUAAUUUCUGCUUUUGCUAUUGGAAUCAUCCUAUUAAUUUUGCCAUUAUUGAUUGUUAUCGGAGCAUUAAAGAAAUUCAAGCCAUUUGAUAAACCUGAUUAGAAUAUAAUUGAAAUAUUCAAUGAAUCUAUGGUACUUGCAAUUAUUACUAUGUCAGCUUUGUUUCUACAACUAGAUUCAAGUCAUGAUGGAAUUAGAAAAAGUAUUGCACUCAAGUCAAAUAAGAUUAGGAAAAAUGGAACUUCAGUGGAAACUGAAAAAGACUUGAUUAUAAAGAGUAAAAAGGAUAUAUAACUGGAAACAAUCAAAGAGGACUUUUAUGAAGAUGAAAAUGAAACUUGCCAAGAUAAAGAAACCCCAAGAGACUUUGAAAAAUUAAUUGGCAUAAAGCCUUUAAGAAUCUUUGAUUUUAGAAUGAGGAGGUUUUAGAAAUAUGAAGACAAAAAGAAGUCUUAAGAAAAAUAAACUAGCAAUUCAAAAAAUUAGAUUAUUGUGUCAAGAUAAAUUAAAAAGAAAUCAUAAUCUAACUAAAUUAAAUAGACUAACUAAUUUUGA